AUAAAACCCUUCUCUUUUCACAUCUAAACCGUCCUUUCACUUCUCCUCUGUCUUCCUCUGCCGCUGCUGCAAUCACAGCAUCACUACCCUCUCAGCUCCUCCUCCUCUCAGUCCUAGUCUUCCCCACUAGACCAGAGAAGGACCCCCUCCUCCUCUGCAUUCUUCUCCUCAAAAGCAGCUCCCUUUUUUCACUUUUACCACUUUCCCCUCGGAAGCUCCUAUGCUCUUUCUUUACUAUCAAUCUUUCCCACCCUUUUCUUGGAUUUCUAUUUUUGAGUGAGCUUCCUCUCUCCGGCUCGGGCUCCUGCAAAUGGGUUUGUGUGGUUUCGGGAGACUGAGGUCCCGCUGGGCAGAUUCCAUGGCUUCUCUGCUUCUGCUUCUGUUCACGGGAGCUUCUCUUGCCUCUACUGAUGAAGGCCCCUUUGUUGGCGUGAAUAUAGGGACAGACCUCUCUGACAUGCCAAGCCCGACCCAAGUGGUGGCCCUCUUAAAGGCCCAGAACAUCCACCACGUACGCCUCUAUGACGCUGACCGGGCCCUCCUUCUCGCUCUCGCUGGCACAGGCAUCAAGGUGACUGUUUCUGUCCCGAAUGACCAGCUCCUAGGAAUCGGCCAGUCCAACGCUACUGCUGCCAACUGGGUUGCCCGCAAUGUGGUGGCUCAUGUUCCUGCUACCAACAUCACUGCCAUUGCUGUCGGAUCUGAGGUCCUGACGACCCUCCCCAACGCAGCCCCUGUACUUGUCUCGGCCAUGAAUUUCAUCCAUUCUGCUCUUGUGGCCGCAAACCUCCACUCCCAGAUCAAAGUCUCAAGCCCGCACUCUUCCUCCAUCAUCAUCGACUCAUUCCCUCCCUCACAGGCCUUCUUCAACCGCACAUGGGAUCCUGUCAUGGUUCCGCUCCUCAAGUUCCUCCAAUCGACUGGUUCAUACCUCAUGCUCAACGUUUACCCCUACUAUGAUUACAUGCAAUCGAACAACGUGAUUCCUUUAGACUAUGCGCUAUUUCGUCCCCUACCUCCCAAUAAGGAAGCGGUGGACUCCAACACGCUCCUACAUUACACGAAUGUCUUUGAUGCUGUUGUGGAUGCAGCAUAUUUUGCCAUGUCUGACCUUAAUUUCACCAAUGUGCCUAUCGUUGUGACUGAGUCGGGUUGGCCAUCAAAGGGGGACUCUUCCGAGCGAGAUGCAAACCUUGACAAUGCCAACACCUACAACAGUAACUUGAUCAAGCAUGUACUUAACAACACGGGGACCCCGAAGCACCCUGGGGUUGCUGUGAGUACCUACAUUUACGAGCUCUACAACGAGGACGUCAGACCUGGUCCAGUUUCAGAGAAGAACUGGGGGCUCUUUGAUUCCAAUGGAGAACCGGUUUAUAUCCUUCAUUUGACGGGAGCUGGGACAGUGUUGGCGAAUGACACGACGAAUCAAACAUUCUGUGUAGCCAAGGAAGGUGCAGACAAGAAGAUGCUGCAGGCAGCACUGGACUGGGCGUGUGGGCCAGGGAAGGUGGAUUGCUCGCCCCUGUUGCAGGGACAGGCCUGUUACGAGCCAGACACUGUGGCGUCUCAUGCUACCUAUGCUUUCAACUCUUACUACCAGCAGAUGUCUAAGUCUCCAGGGAGCUGUGAUUUUAAAGGAGUUGCCAGUGUCACUACGACUGAUCCGAGUCAUGGUUCCUGUGUAUUUCCCGGAAGUGGCGGGAGAAACAGCAGCUUGGUAAACGGCACAGUGCUAGCUCCGUCUUCCAAUUCCACGAGUUCUGGAUGUGCAGGACUAUACUUGUAUGAUACCGGUUCAAUCACAGGCUCCAUGAUUGUCGGUGUAUUGCUACUAGCUUUGGUGUUCUUGUAGAACAAUGGCUUGUCGGGUUUUGUGUAAUUGUUAUUUCGUUUAGACAUCUCUAAACAUUUUAUUCGUCUCGAGGGAAGCUGACAAUGGGCCAAUUUUGUUACUCGGGAGAGUAGAGUUAAGAGGGUCUGCAAGCUUGCUUCAGGACAUGACCAUGUGUGCGUAGCAAAGGCAUUUUUUUUUUUUUACUUUUUUGGUGUUGGGUCUUUGUACAAACAAAUCAUGAAAUGAAUUUGUUGGUGUAGGAUUCUCUUGUUGGGGGAGUCGACCGAUUCCAUUUCAAUUCAAAA